AUGGCACGGCACAACAUUCUAGGCGACUACUCGAUCCCAGAGGAAACGAAGCGAUUGCUCCAAGAUGGAAUCCUAAACAACGAUCUUCACAAGGAUCUGCCGCCAGACAUCGCACAAUGUGCAGCGAAAGUCACGUAUGAAGGCACGUCUUUGCCGUCCAUCGCAGUCAACUGGCGGCUUGCCGAGAGCAUGGCCGCACUCAAAGGCUUCGAAGCUGCGAUGAUCAACGUCUUGCUCGUGAGGGGAUACGGCAUCGAGCCAUUGCCGAUCAAGAUCAACACAGAUCACGCACAAUUACUGUUCAUGAGCUCGUUGCUACUUUCGAUCGAACCCGGCCCAGAAUUCGCAGUCGAGCCAACCCCAGUGAGAGAGCUGAGUGCAAAGUACUCCCAUCUCUUCCCAUUACAGGACGUUCAUGACAUGGCCAACUCGCUGUAUCGUCGUGCAGCGACAAACAUCUACAAGACGAGCGAUGACCAGUACAUCCAUUUGCAUGGCAGCUUGAACCCCGGUCCAACCAUCGCCGCGCUGGAAAUGGCCCCAGAUCGACCAGAAAUCCAGACACUACCUGCUUCGUACCAGCCCUAUGAAGAGGUCUGUUCUAAAAGAACAGCACAAGACCUCGAAGUUCUGCUCAACGAAGAGGCAGAACAAGCAUGUACCAUCGCCUGGACGCCCGAGCAAUUUCGCAACAGCGAGCACGGUCAAGCCAAUGCAAAGACCGGUCUCUACGACAUUCACCACAGGGACGUCGCCACUCAAGGACCUUCCUGGUGGCUGCCGACUGGAGCAACUUCACUAUCGAGACCGCUGGCUGGCCUAAAGGUUGUGGAUCUGACACGUGUCAUUGCGGGCCCAUCGAUAGCCCGCGGCCUGGCAGAGCUGGGGGCAAGUGUAAUGCGCGUAGCGGCUCCACAUUUGCCAGACUUCACCGGUCUCCAUCCCGAUCUCAACUGGGGAAAGUGGAAUGCUUUCUUGGAUCUACGAGAAGAAGGCGACAGGAUGAAGUUGCGAGAGCUGAUUGCUGAGGCUGAUGUGUUGUUGGACGGUUAUCGCCCUGGCAGGUUUGAGAAAUACGGUUUCGGAGUUGAGAAUGUGCUCGAAUUGUGCAGAUCACGUCCUCGAGGCGUUGGCUGGGUGGGUCCGUGGAAGCACAGAAGCGGAUGGCAGCCGGUCAGCGACGCGAAUACCGGCAUAUCCUGGGGCUUUGGACGUGCGAUGGGCAAUGAAGAGCCAUGCACACCAGUCUGGCCAAACUCCGAUUACUGUACAGGCGUUGUAGGCUGCGCUGCAGUUCUGCACGCACUCAUCCAGCGAGGAGAGCGCGGAGGCUCUUAUGUGGUCGACAUCGCCCUGAACUAUUACAACAGCUGGCUUCGCGAUACCUGUGGCGAGUAUCCUGAGGAUGUCUGA